GCUAAAUUACACGUUUGGUCACUCAAAUUACAUAAAUUUUUCACAUUUGCCACCCAAAUUAUUUUUCUUUCUUAUUCACCACUAACUUUAUGAAUCAUUUCACCGUUAGUCACCCGCCGUUAUUCUCCGUUAACUCCGUUAAUUUUUUGAUGACAUGGCUAACAUAACUGCUGACUGGAUUGUAAUUUAAAAAAAUAAAAAAUAAAAAAUAAACUUAUUCAAUCCUCCACGUGUCUCUCCUACAGUCCUACUGCUACUCGUUGCCCUUCCCUCCACCCUCCCCCUCCCUUUUCCCCUUCCAUCGCACCCUCCCGCUCCGUCGAAGAAAGUUGAUACUCAAUCAGUGCUCAAAAGGUAGUUGAUCAAAUAGCUAGCUGAAUCCCCCAUACUGUUACCCAUAAAGAACCAUCGAUGUAAUUUUGAUUGGAUUGUUGGAGAGAUCUCUGUUUCUCGUCUUCGAUUUUCUUUUUCUUUGAUUUGUUUGUUGAUAAACAGGUUGCAGUCCGAGAUGAUGGCUUUAAUAGUGAGAGGAGAAAUCUCGUAAUCAAAUUUGCAAUUGUCAAUUGAUUGAUUUGGUUGGUUUUCGGUUAGCUGAUUCAAGAGAUCUUGUUAUGGUGGGGUUUUUGUCAACAAAUGAGUGGAGAAACAGGGAUAUCCGCAUUUCCGGAGGAAGACAACAUCUUCUGCUGGAAAGGAACGAUCAUUGGGAGCAAAGAUACAGUCUUUGAAGGAACUGAGUACAAGCUUUCUUUACUCUUUAGCUUUCCCCAACAACUACCCGUUCAAGCCACCAAAGGUGAAGUUCGAUCUGAUGUGUGUGUUUCUGUUCAUUUUGUGUUGAGAGCCAAACAUCGGUUCACCGCUCAACACUCAGGCAACAAUGAGCUUGUUUGACGGAGUGACGGUGGAGUAGAAGACGACGAAGAGGCGGCCAGAUAUGAGAUCGGGACGAGGUCGAAUUUUAGGGAAUCGAUGCGGACAAAGUUUGUGAAGCAUCAACCUCUACAGAAUCAGAAGUAGCCGCGACCCUUGAUUUAUUGGAAUGCGGGUAAGUCGGAUGGAGCUGAAUCGUCAGAGUUGCUCGAGAUCGGAAGAGCCCAGCUCGAUCGCAGUUUCAGUUAGCUGAAAAGUAAACUUUUCUUUUCUUUUUCAUUUUCUAUUUUUAAUUAAUUAAUUUUUUAAAUUGAUAUGUCAUUAAUUUCACGGCCCAGUCAGCAAUUCCGUUAGCCAUGUCAUUAAAAAACUAACGGAGUCUGACGGAGACUAACAGCUAGUGACUAACGGUGAAAUGAUUCGUAAAGUUGGUGGCGAAUAAGAAAGAAAAGUAAUUUGGGUGGCAAACAUGAAAGAUUUAUAUAAUUUGAAUGACCAAAUGUGUAAUUUAACCCUUUUUACAAAUUCUACGGAUUCAGUAAAUUCAUGUCCUGAAUUCUGUUAUCCAAACCACCCUAAGGUGACUUCACUAAAGUAUUGCGUUUGCUUUAGAUUUCUUUAGAGUUAGUUUUGUUUAGAAUUUGUGGGGCUUCUCGAUGGAAAAUUUUCAAAUAUUUUCUCAUUUUAUUUAUAUCUCGAAAGAAAAGAAAAAAAAUGCAUCGUGGCUUGAAGGGCGAUUUGUUCAGCGCCAAACGUCGUUUUGGUUUCCAUUUGUUUUUCCUCGGAGGCCGGUGCCUGAGAAGAUAGAACGAGAUUACGAGAAAUUAAGUAAAAGUCGGUGGUCGGAGAAGUAGAAAUCUCAGCAGAGCCGAGAGAUCUUUUUUCUUUUCGAUUGGAAUACCUUACAAAGAGGGGGUUAACGCUAACACCCAUCAGCAGCCACACUUCUCAGGGAAACUUCACAGAUCCAUUUCGAACAAGUGAAGUCCUUGCUGAGGUGGAAGCUAGGGUUGCCAGGGGACGCCUCAGAAGAAGAAGAUGGAGGACACGGCCAUGUCGUCGCCGUCGGUCGUCAAAUCGACGCAGGAGCUAGCGAUGGAAGGGCAGAGGCAUCUCGAAGAUACCAUUCAGGCCGCUUUCCAGAUACUCUCUUCCAUGAACGACGAGCUCUGCAAUCCGGCUUUGUGGUCGGCCCCCGGUGUCUCUUCCGCCUCCGCUCCUCCUGUUGCUACCGCGACUUCAGCGGCAAGUAACGGCCCUUCCUCUCACUCGCAAACGGGCGGCGGUCUUCUCAACGGCGAUUCCGCCUCCGAGACUUCGCAUCACCUCGAUGGAGGCGGAAUCGGUCCCGGUGGAGGCAGCGGGAGUACGUAUAAUGGCGCAUUGGAUGAAGCUCGGUUUCGGUACAAGAGUUCCGUCGCGGCUCUCCGCGAAGUCCUCGCUGCAAUUCCCAAUUCUCACAAGGCAAAACCAUUCGAAACAGGUUCUCCUGCUAGUGGUUCCUUAUCGCCAGAAGCUGACAUUGACAAGCUAGAAGAGCGAGCCUCGAAUCUUAGAAAGGAACUUGCAGAAAAGAACAUACAUGUCAAGCGUCUGAUAGACCAGUUAAGGGAACUUGUUACCGACAUAUCUACAUGGCAGAGUCCUUAUGCUGACUGAAGCUCUUGUGGAGUUGUCGAUUGUCCUUAGUAGUAGUAAAUGCAUUAGAACAACAACAUCACAACUCUCAGGAUUCUGCGUAUCAAGCUUGUUCGUUAGGCUUAGGUCUUGAUGUUGGUUUCUUCAUAGAGUUCUGUCGAAUUUUAUCUUAGCAUGUCUGCUAGGAUGAUGAUGGGGUUCAACUGUUCAAGCUCACAGCUUCUGAUUUGAGAUUAUGUCGUUCCAAGAGUACCUCUAAUUUGGGCGAUGCUAGCAUAAGGUAGUAAUCUGCAUUAUUGAUUUUUCCUAACUGAAUUCCUCCCAUGGUUGAAGUGGAAUGCACCAGGUUUAACUUUUUCAGUAAAGAAGUUGAACUGCG